AUGAAAGUGAUACUCUGUGUUGUGCUCCUCAUGGUAGGCGCUGCUGUCAAAGCGCAAGAAGGCGAUGCAAAUCCAGAUUACUUUCAAAAUGAUUACGACAAUUUAUACGACUCAUAUGUUGAUACCAGUGAUGAAAGCACAGACGUAAAACCAGCCGAUGCAAGCAAGUCAGCAGAAGCAGACGAUGUACUACAAGACCCAGACACACAACCUCUACCAGAACCAGCUGACAAUGAUAAUGAUGCAGGAGCAGAUUCUAACGCCAUCCCAGACUACCAAAUCGAGGAUAACCGAUCAAAGGAACAAGUUGAAGAAAAUCAAGACUUACCAGCUGAAGAAGAAAAACUGGAGGACCAAAGUCUAGAGGAACACAAAGUUCUACCCCUAGGAGCACCUGAACCAGAUAAUGAAGAGUACCCAGACUUUGAGGCUGAUAAUCCCCUAUGGCGUGACGCAGUAGCAGAUGAUGUUGACCCACUACCAGUACCAGCAGCUGAAAAUGACGAUGAAAUUUUUAAGGAUACUGAAGCAAUACUGAACAAUGAAAAGGAUAGCUUAGAUGAAGAAAAAGUGCCAGAAGAGACUCCCGCUAGUGAAAAAAAUAUAGAUAACAUCAUCGAAGAGACAAAUAAACUAUUGUCGGAAAUGAAUGAUGAGUUUGAUGCCAGUGACUUUGAUGCUUCUCAAGAACAAGACCUAGAAAAGAGCGAAGAAGAUAUUAUCAAUGAAAAAACUGAUAACUCUGAGGAAGACACACCUGCAAAAGUAUAUGCUGACCUCAAUGCUGAUUUAGAUAAAUUAAUUGAAACAUUUAAUAAAUUGAGCGAUGAUAAUUCAAAUGAAGAUGAAGAGAACAAAGAUCUUGAUAAGGUUGUGCCAAACUCAGAAGCUGUUGAUCAAGAACCACAAGAUUCUAAGCAAGUUGAUGAACCUCUUGAUGCAUUUGCAGCAGAUGAGAAUAUUGUGGCUGAUGAACAGAAAGAUGAACAGAAAGAUGAUGAGCUUUUCAAUGAUGGGUUAGGAGCAGAUGAGAAUAUUGUGGCUGAUGAACAGAAAGAUGAACAGAAACAUGAUGAGCUUUUCAAUGAUGAGUUAGGAGCAGAUGAUAAUAUUGUUUCCACGGAACAUAAAGAUGAUAAUGACUAUGUCGAGAUUGAAGACAGUAACUUGUCACAAAUAUUUGCUGAAAAUGAGAAAACAGAGAACAAAUCUGAGUCACAGGAAGUCGAUGGAAACGUUGAACCAGAGGAAAAAGCUGCAACUAGUGCUUCACCACAAGAAAAUGAAGAGGAUAAAAAAAUAAUCGACUACGUUGAUAAUUACGACGAACUUACUGAUACUGAACCAAACGCUGAUGAUGAUCUCGAUAGUAUUAUUAAACAGAUAUUCAAUGAAGAUGUCAAAGAGCAACAACCGUAUGGAGACGAUGGUUUAGUAGAUGAAAAACAAACUAAAAACGCAGAUGCAGUUGAGUUUGAAACGACACAAGCGAAUAUCGAGGAUACAACUGAGCAAAAGACAAAGAUGGUUGAUGAUUUGAGCAGUGCUGAGCUCGAACAGCUUACAGCACAGUUUGUCGCUACUCACCAGGAAGAAUUAGACCCCAAUUCUGAAAGUUUUGCUAAACAUGUAGCACCUGUUCACAUUACCUUGUCUGUAGAUACGCCUACCGUUAUAGAAUCCCCUAAUCACCCUAAUGCCUACGAACCAAACAACAUCAUUGAUUGGAUUCUAGAGGGACCAGGCCAUGGCAUUGAGCUAAACAUUACUACCUUGGAUCUCAAUUCAGUUACCGGUGACUUUUUACUUAUCAAACCAGGUGGUCUCGAUGCUUCCGGUUCAGAUGGCCUUGUAUUCGCGCAUCGUCUGAGAUCAGAACGCAAAUACAGGUUCACUGGCGUGGACCGCGUGUUCAUCAGGUUCCAAGCCAACGAUGCUCGCUGGCAAUUGCAUCGUGGGUUCAGUCUGUCAGUCAAAAUGAUAUGGUCUCUCCCAGAACUUGAAGAAGACCUGCCUGAUGCUGAGGCGGUCAUCCAACCACCACGGGAGACUUUGACCUUGAACCUUGCUGGCCUCACCUUGGCUCAAUUCAAGGCCAUUAAGGAUGACUUCCAGCUGAUGCUCGCUGAUAUGGCUAAAGCAUACAUUAACGACAACAACAUUGAACAAGGAUUAAACACCACGUACGAAGUAACGCAGAUCACCAGGACAGCAAUCUGCAACAUCCAAUGGCCAGACUAUGAGAACUGUGUGGAGGUGAUCUUCGGAGUACCCCUGCAGUAUGAUGGAGAGGAUGAGGAGUCGGAGCCGAGGCUGUCCACGAAGGAACUGGAUGACAUGUGGACUACCUACAUCAUUAAGGAUGAUUUCGCUGACAGACUGCGCUCUUUCGGUAUCACGGAGUACGCGAUCCCCGACGACCAGACGGUGUUGAUGGUGUGGCUGGUGAUCGCUGCCGGAGUUAUCAUCUCCAUGGCCAUGCUCGCCUUCGCUCUAUGGAGGUUCAGCUGCUUCGAGGAUUACACCAGGAUGAAAGUAUACGGUGACACAGACAGCAUACAGAACGAGAAGCGCAACCUGGACCUGUACCCCACGCCGCACCAGACGCUCCCGCCGCUCUACUCCGAGAAUGACUACAAAUGGGCCGAUGACAAGUACGACGACUCUACACGAGUGGACAUGGGAGGUUUUGCCAACAAGAGUUACAUCCGAGACGAGCUCUACGACUUCGACUCGGAUGAGGACGUCAUCACACCACGAGACAGGAAAGGCGUCAUCAGUCCGCGAGAUUACUAUGACGCGUAA